GCACUAGGUCAUUCUAUUUAUCUAGUGCUUUGAAUGAACUUGAACUACCUAGCAAACGCACUUGAGCCAGUCUUUUGUGACCAUUUCUUUUCCCCGUCCGGCCCACAAAGUAUUUGCGCCAAAUCACCAGCAGAUCAGGGUACAUAAGUAAUAUCACCUCUUCCCAUUCCCACUGAGAAUUUGCUCUUCAACCAACCAACCACAAACGAGAUCAUCUAACCUGGCACACUCACCAACACACAACCAAACAUUGAUCUCUUUCGUUGCCUACACUGAAGCAGGCACGCCUCAACCCGUCCAGUAAGUCGCCUGUCUCCCUUUUGUCUGCCCUUGCUCAUCUUGUGGGGAGGAGCCACUUCCUGGCACUGCCAAGUGGUAGUUUCCCAUCUGCCUAAAGCAUCGCUGCAUGUUCUGCACACAAUCUCAGGUUGCCGUCGAGAACCCUUGCCUGCCUGCCUGCCUACCCGCCCGCCUGCCUAGAAGCCAGGCAGUGUGGUGAUUGGCCCCACUUGUUAGCGGCGACUGCCUCCACCAACUGCCAACCCCACGCCGCUUGACUUAACCUGAUCCCAAACCACCAACAACCCGCUUCCUCUUCCGACUUUCAUCAUCGUCAGCCGCCCACCACCCAUUGCCUACUUCCUUCCGUCCCAUUCCAUCGCACUAAGCAGACACACACAUCAACUCAUCCUCACAUUAACCACAUCAGAACACCAUCCAAGAUGUCUGCCGAGACUCCCAGAGACAAGCAGGAGCUUUCGCUGAGGUGCAACGACGGUGGCGUCGUCCGCGUCGAGCUGCCCGUUGCGGAGCGUUCCAUCCUCCUGAAGAACCUCAUCGAGGACCUUGGUAUGGAGACCGCCACCACUCAGGCUAUCCCUCUGCCCAACGUCACCCAGCCCGUCCUCGAGAAGAUUCUGGACUGGUGCAAGCACCACCGCAACGACCCUCUACCCACCCAGGAUGACGACAACGAGUCGCGUAAGAAGACCACCGAGAUCGAUGAGUGGGACCAGAAGUACAUGCAGGUGGACCAAGAGAUGCUCUUUGAGAUCAUCCUGGCUGCAAACUACAUGGACAUCAAGGCCCUGCUUGAUGUUGGCUGCAAGACUGUGGCCAACAUGAUCAAGGGCAAGUCUCCCGAGGAGAUUCGCAAGACAUUCAACAUCACCAACGACUUUACUCCUGAGGAGGAAGAGCAGAUCCGCAGGGAGAACGAGUGGGCUGAGGACCGGUAAACACCUGGCAGCUACCUGUCACCAACUUCCUCUCACCGGCACACGAUUUGUGAUUCUUCUCCCUUGUCCUUAGCCGAUGGCCCGGCUCCAACCAUCUCGGCAUCUCGUUCGGCGUUUGAGGUACUAAAUGGUUGCUUUUCUGGAAGGGAUUCGGCUGCGGGAAGGAGGUUGUGCAAGGGGAGAUGCCGGCUUUGGUUAGGUUUAGCAAGCCCAGUAGUGCAGCCUUUGAGCCCAUAUGCUCUUUCACAACAGCAUCCCUACCUCAGAAACCUCGGCGACAUUGCACAAGAGCCCCCCUUCGGAGCACACUGCUCCAACAGUUAGUUGUUCUGGGCUUUAGUUACACGGAGAAUAGAAUUCGGAAUCUCCUACU